AUGGCGAAGAAAGGGCUGGUUUCGCCUAUUUACUCGUUGCUGUUUGUAGCAUUUUUGUCCAUAAAUUGCCAUGCAGCCGAUGCCAAUGAGAGGAAGGUUCACAUUGUGUACAUGGGAGGCCGCCCAAAGGGAGAAUUCUCAGCUGCAACUACCCACCAUUCCAUGCUUCAGGGAGUCCUCGGAAGCGCUUCAUCAGCCAAGAAAUCGCUAAUUUAUAGCUACUUAAGCUUCAACGGAUUUGCAGCUAAAUUGACAGAUGAAGAAGUUCGAAGGUUCUCAGAAAUGGAAGGUGUAAUUAGAGUGAUUCCAAAUCAUAUACUAAAACUUCAUACUACAAGGUCAUGGGACUUCAUUGGUUUUACCAAUGACAAUGUUGGAGCGAAACUUGAAGGAGAUGUUGUCGUUGGACUUCUUGAUACAGGAAUCUGGCCUGAACAUGAGAGCUUCAAUAGCCAAGAACUUGGUGCUCCACCUUCCAAAUGGAAAGGAACAUGUCAAGGAGCCAACUUCACCUGCAAUAACAAGAUCAUCGGAGGGCGUUACUACAAUAGUGAGGACUGGUAUGAUGGUGAAUUCAAGUCUCCCAGAGACUCUGAGGGACAUGGGACCCAUACUUCGUCAACUGCAGCAGGAGACAGGGUGCCUGGAGCAAGCUACUAUGGGCUAGCUAAUGGAACUGCAAGAGGUGGAGCUCCUGGUGCAAGGAUUGCCAUAUACAAAGUUUGCUGGCUCUUUGGUUGUGCAACUGCAGAUAUCCUUGCGGCAUUUGAUGAUGCCAUAGCAGAUGGUGUUGAUAUCAUAUCAGUGUCCCUUGGUUCUGACUGGCCAUUGGCUUACGAUGAAGACCCUAUAGCCAUUGGUGCUUUCCAUGCCAUGAAAUAUGGCAUAUUGACCUCAAAUUCUGCUGGUAAUUCCGGACCAUGGCCAUAUUCGGUUUCCAAUUAUGCUCCUUGGACAUUGACUGUUGCCGCAAGCACCAUUGACAGAAAAUUUGUUGCCAAAGCAGUACUUGGUGAUGGACAAGUUUUCACUGGAAUUUCCAUUAACAGCUUUGAACUUCUUGGAAAAUCAUAUCCCUUGGCCUGGGGAGGAGACGCUGCCAACUACUCUGCAGGUGCCAGCCAGGAUCUUUCAAGAUAUUGUUUCACUGGUUUCUUAAAUUCAUACAAAGUGGAAGGCAAGAUUGUUUAUUGUGAAACACUUUGGGACGGUACUGGCGUUCUUCUAGCAAAUGGUGUGGGCACCAUAAUGGCUGACGAUGAAAUAACCGAUUUUGCUUUCAAUUACCCAUUACCAGCAACACAGAUAAGCACAUCCGAUGGUGAGAAAGUUUUGGACUAUAUUAGAACAACAGAGAAUCCGACUGCAACUAUUCUGUUAGGAGAGACAUGGACAGAUUACAUGGCGCCUUAUGUCGUAUCAUUCUCUUCCAGGGGACCCAACCCUAUCACUCCAGACAUUCUCAAGCCUGAUCUCACUGCCCCUGGUGUUGACAUCAUUGCUGCUUGGUCUCCUGUUGCACCACCUUCCAUUGACUGGGAAGAUCCUAGGAGCGUAGAGUAUAACAUAAUCUCUGGUACAUCCAUGUCUUGUCCUCAUGCAAGUGGUGCUGCUGCCUAUGUUAAGGCAGCCCACCCUGAAUGGUCCGCUGCUGCGAUCAAAUCCGCCCUCAUGACCACAGCAACUGUUGUAGACCCGAAGAAACACGAGGAUCUUGAGUUCGCUUAUGGGUCCGGCCAGAUCAACCCAGCACAAGCAAAAGACCCCGGACUUGUUUAUGAUGCAAAUGAGACAGAUUACAUUAACUUCCUUUGCAAGCAAGGUUACAACACUACAACUGUAAGACUUAUCACAGGUGAUAACAGCAGUGUAUGCACCAGCACCAAACCUGGACCAGCUUGGGAUCUCAACUAUCCUUCAUUCUCUUUAGCUAUGGAAGAUGGCCAACCAAUUUAUGGUGUUUUUACCAGGACAGUGACCAAUGUUGGCUCACCAACCUCAACUUACACUGGCUUCGCAUCCACCCAACCUGGUUUCACCAUUGUUGUGGAGCCCAACAUACUGUCAUUCUCAGCUUUGGGAGAGAAGAAAUCCUUCACUGUGAAGGUCUCCGGCCAAAAGAUUUCACAGCAACCGAUCACAUCAGUUAACAUAAUAUGGAAAGAUUCGGAUAAUAAAUAUGUGGUGAGAAGUCCAGUUGUGGUCUAUAAUGUUCUCCCUACUCCCUAUUCUCCUUACUACUACACGUCUCAAAAGAAACCAACAUUCCAACGUCCUUCCAUGUAUCACAAGAAUGCAAUCCUUGGACGAAACUAA